AAAAAAAAAAAAAGGAAAGUGAAAGAAAGAGGAGAAAGAGAGAAAAUAAAACAAAUCUUUUUGUGUAUGACGAGGACGUUUUGAUUCAAAAGAGCGUCCAAGUUCUCUUCAUGUAAGAAGGUAGGUCCCAUCUUUUUCCCUCUCUUCUUCUUCCUCUUCUUUCUCUCUCUUCUUUUUCUUUUCAGCUUCUUACAAAAACAACGGCGCUAACCUACAUAUAUACAUUUCCCUUUUCCUCUCUUAAAACCAAAACCUCUCUCAUUCAUUUCGUCUAAAAAAAACUGCCGUUUUUGGUAUUGGGGUUUUUGGGUUCUUUGGAGUUCUGCUUCUUUGCUUUUGUUUGAAGUUUGAAAGAAAACCGAAAAAAAAUAUUAAAAAAAGUAAGCAGGUUGUUUGCUAUGUAAAGGAAAGCUUUGAAGGAGGAAAAAGAGAAGAGGACAAGACUAAAACCUGACUCAGAACUAAGAAAACAGCUUGUUUUGCCUUUUCUUCUUGAUUUUGUUUUUGUUUUAGUGGUUUAUAAAAGAAACCGGAAGCUUUUUGGAAUAAUUAAAAAAAAAAAACACAUCUUUUGUUUUUCUUCUUUGGUUUUGGUGCUGGGUUCUUUGAACCUAUCAAAUGGCCCGCGAGUGAUUGAAUUGGAAUGCUAUAUACUUGAGCUUGGAGUCAUCAAAAAUAUGUCUUUGGCUUUGCAUGUGAUAGAAACUCUAAAGAUCUGAAGGUGGUUUGUUUUGCUGGCUUCUGGUUUCGGGCAAUGAGAAUUGAAGCUUGGAAUUAUAAGGUUGCAGCUCUAGUGAAAUGUGUUUCAGAUAGAGGAUUAAAGUUUUUGGAAAUGACUGAAAAGGUCUAUCAAUAAAUGGAUUGAAUGAAAGGGUAACGGUCCACUUGGAUGCAAUGUUAAAAACAUUAGCUCCUGGGCUGUUGAUUUCUUCACUUCUAAUUUCUGUAUCGGCGGCAGAUAAUGGCUUUCCGAGGUGUAAUUGUGAUGAUGAAGGGAGUUUUUGGAGCAUUGAGAGCAUCUUAGAGACUCAAAGAGUGAGUGAUUUCUUGAUUGCUGUGGCAUAUUUCUCGAUCCCUAUUGAGCUGCUUUACUUUGUUAGCUGCUCAAACGUGCCAUUCAAAUGGGUCCUUUUUGAGUUCAUUGCCUUCAUUGUGCUAUGUGGAUUGACCCAUUUGCUCAAUGGAUGGACCUAUGGUCCCCAUCCUUUUCAACUCAUGUUGGCUCUCACUGUUUUCAAGAUGCUCACUGCUUUGGUCUCAUGUGCCACUGCUAUUACGCUUAUCACGCUCAUUCCAUUGCUUCUCAAAGUCAAAGUGAGAGAAUUUAUGCUGAAGAAAAAGGCUUGGGACCUUGGGCGGGAAGUUGGUAUUAUAAUGAAACAGAAGGAGACUGGUUUGCAUGUCCGCAUGCUUACUCAAGAAAUUCGUAAAUCAUUGGAUAGGCAUACCAUUUUGUACACAACAAUGGUAGAGUUGUCCAAGACAUUAGGUUUGCAAAAUUGUGCUGUUUGGAUGCCUAAUGAGAUCAAGACAGAGAUGAAUCUGACUCAUGAACUCAAAGGAAGGAACUAUUCAUAUAAUUUUACCAUUCCCAUUACUGAUCCAGAUGUUGUAAGGAUUAAAGGAAGUGAUGGAGUUAAUAUCCUUAAGCCAGACUCAGCACUUGCUGCUGCUAGCAAUGGAGAGUAUGGUGAACCAGGACCAGUGGCUGCAAUUCGGAUGCCGAUGCUUCGUGUAUCCAAUUUUAAAGGUGGAACUCCUGAACUAGUUCAGACAUGCUAUGCAAUAUUGGUUUGUGUUCUUCCUAGUGAACAACAUAGAUCAUGGAGCAACCAGGAGCUAGAGAUAGUUAAGGUGGUUGCUGAUCAGGUGGCUGUUGCAGUCUCUCAUGCUGCAGUUCUUGAAGAGUCCCAACUCAUGAGGGAGAAAUUGGCUGAGCAAAACCGGGCUUUACAACUGGCACGACAGAAUGCUAUGAGGGCAAGCCAAGCUAGAAAUGCAUUUCAGAAGGUAAUGAGUGAUGGAAUGAGGAGGCCUAUGCACUCGAUUUUAGGCCUGCUUUCAAUGAUGCAGGAUGGAAAUUUGAAUAAUGAUCAAAGAAUUAUUGUUGAUUCGAUGAUGAAGUCCAGCAAUGUUCUAUCCACCUUGAUAAACGAUGUGAUGGAUAUUUCAACAAUGGGUGGUGGAAGAUCACCAUUGGAGAAGAGAUCUCUUCGAUUACAUUCCAUGAUAAAAGAAGCAGCAUGCCUUGCCAAAUGCUUGUGUGUUUAUAGGGGUUUUGGUUUUUCAAUUGAGGUUGAGAAGUCCUUGCCUGAUCUUGUUUAUGGUGAUGAAAGGAGAGUGUUUCAAGUGAUACUGCAUAUGGUUGGGAGCCUAUUGGAUGGCAAUAGUGGAGGGGGAACUGUAGUACUUCGGGUGUUCUCAGAGAGUGGUAGUCAGGAACGGAAUGAUCAGAGAUGGGCAGCCUGGAGAAACAGCUCUUCUGAUGGAGAUGUACAUAUCAAGUUUGAAAUUAGGAUUGACAAUAGCAAUUCUCAAUCAGAGGGCUGUUCAAUGUCGGAGGUGCAGAUCAGUGGAAGAAGAUACAACAGCCAUGGUGCUGAGGAACACUUGAGCUUCAGCAUUUGCCAAAAGCUAGUGCAGAUGAUGCAUGGGAACAUCUGGGUAGUAAAAAAUCCUCUAGGUUCUGCUCAAAGCAUGGCAUUUGUUAUUCGGUUUCAAGUCCGAUCAUCCAUCAGUAUAACAAUAACUGACUCUGGAGAAUCUUCAGACCAGCCAUGCUCCAACUCUCUUUUCAGAGGCUUGCAAGUUUUACUUGCUGAUGAUGAUGAUGUGAACCGUGCUGUGACUCGAAAGCUUCUUGAGAAGUUAGGAUGCAUUGUUACUGCUGUGUCAUCUGGAUUUGAUUGCCUCAAUGCUAUUAUUGGUUCAGCCCCAUCUCCAUUCCAGAUUGUUAUUUUGGAGCUUCAGAUGCCCGAUUUGGAUGGAUUUGAUGUUGCAAUGAGAAUUCGGAAGUUCCGAAGUCGUAGUUGGCUAUUGAUUGUUUUCAUGACUGCUAGUGUCUAUGAAGAUAUCAGGGAAAAAUGUAAGGAGAUUGGAAUAAAUGGAGUUAUUCGAAAACCAGUGCUAUUACAAGAAAUUGCCGUUGAGCUUCGAAAAGUCCUGAUGCAGGCAAACCAAGUUGUGUGAUGACUCCUGCUUUAAGUUAUGAAUCAAUAUGCGGAUAAACUAAGAUGGCAUCUUUGGCCCCUUCAAUUUCCCGCCGAGCUUCCUUCAUAGAGAUGCUACACAACAUUUACAGUCAAAAAUGGUAUACAAAGUUAGCUCCUUUACCUUUUCCCCCAUUUAAAGCUCUUGUGCAAUUGCAUAGAUAGCUUCAGAUCUAAUCAAUAGUUUUUAUUAGAAUUUUCUUCAACACAUCAUUCUAAUAAAAUACAUUACAUGCACAAUGCACAACUAGCUAGAUAAAGUUAUUGCCGAUCUUAUUACAGUUGUUAGAGCAGUCGGGAAUGUACCCAGAGUUCUCUAGCAUAGAUGCAACUUGGCAAUUGUAAGGCUGUACAUUGUGUGCCUUUGAAAAUGAACUGUUCACAGACAAUUUAAAAUAUCUCUAGUUGAAAAAUAUUGCGAAACAUAUUUAUAGAAAUUUGUUCAUCAG